AUGAAACCUUCACACUUGAAGUAUCACUUUGAAGCAAAGCAUUCUGACAAGAAGGACAAGCCAUUGUUAUACUUGUUGCAACUGAGCUCCUCUUUCAAAAAGCAAAUACAAACAUUCAACACGCUACUCCAGGAAACUAGUAAACAGGAGAAUGAUGGGUUGAUUACAUCGUACAACAUUGCAUUGCUUGUUGCUAAGUCUGGGAAGUUUCAAACUAUUGGAGAAACAUUACUUCGCCCAGUUAUCGAAGAGGUUUUGUCUACCGUUAUGCACGAAAAACCAGAUUACAUUAUGAUGAUCCCACUUAGUAAUAACACAAUUUCUCGACGCAUUGAUGAAAUGGCCAACGAUCUCAAACAUCAGCUCAUUAAUAUUCUUCAACGUUCUGAAAUUUCUAUACAAGUGGAUGAGUCAACUUUUGUGGACAAUCAAUGUUUAAUGAUGGUAUAUGUUGAGUAUAGCAGCGAAAAUAUUCGACCCAGUGAGGAAAUGCUGCUCACAGAGAAAUUGCCGCUUGAUUCAAAAGGUGCAACUAUUUUUUACACUCUCAAAUCUUUCCUUUUUGGACAUAAUAUCCCACUCAGUUAUAUUCUUGCCUCUGCGUCUGAUAGAGCCCCUUCGAUGAUAGGAAGAUACAGAGGGAACAGAAAAACUCCCGUUGAUUGUAAAUCAUUUAUCACUAUUUUCAUUUCGAAAUUGGUGUUGUCUAAUAUUCCAAAACGUCAAUUUCAUCAAUUUCCACAACUUGACUCUUUGAAUGAUGAAUUGAUUGAUGAGGAUUUAACUACAUAUCGCAACUAUUUACAAUCAUUGCACUAUAACGGUGGAGUGAUUUCAAGAUGUUAUUGCGCUGAAUAUUCCAAAUUGGUAUAG